CAUUUAUUGUCUACGUAACAUUUAGCAUUGUUGUCACUUCAUAAUUAACACACCGUUGGUUUAACGCAAUUAUACGACAAUGGUGUUCUGAAGUGCCCCUGGGUACUGACAUGAUCCCAGGAAAUCUAUUUCCCCAGAAGAUGGUUUUAUAGGACCUUCAAUCUAAAGGAGCACCAGCAGAAGUGUGACUGUUACUUUUUUUUCUGAAUGGAAAUGGAUACUGGCCAACCAGAGAUAGCACAGAUGGAAGCCAAUACUUAUCAAGAUGACCAAGGUAUAAAAUCCAAAGAGGCUGAAACCCGUUUUCUGGAAUGUGAAACACAGUUGAAACAAGGGCUGGAGAAUCCUCAAAAUACAAAGGAAAUUCACAAUGGCCCUGUCACUUCAGAUGUGAUUCCAAAUGGAAAUGGAGUAGUAGCUGGCCUCAAUGCUGCAGGGGACGCCCUCAGAAAUGGGCCCCUGCCUCCAACAGCUCCUCCCCAGAGCACCAGCUCCCCUGUCAACUCGCAGACCCAAGAGCCUUCCCAAGGUGUGGCUGCUUAUCCACCCAUGAUGCUAGAGGAUUCUGAGGGGGCUAGUGCUGAGGUCACGAUUCACAGGGGUGAUGCUUUGCAGUCGCUCAGGCUCAGUAUGCCUAUGCAGGAAACUGAACUGUCCAACAAGAAGCCAUCACUGGAGAUGGAGAAUGAGGAAAAGAUUCGCUUGGAGGCUCGCCGCCGUCUGGAGGAGCAACUCAAGCAAUACAGAGUGCAGCGACAUAAGGAAAGGUCUCACCGCUCCAAUGCUAAAAACAGACCAUUCAGCACUCUAGAUCCAGAACUUAUGUUGCAUCCCGAGGCACUACCCCGGGCUAAUGCCGUUGCUAUGACCAAGGAGUAUUCUUUCCUGAGGACCAGUGUUCCGCGUGGCCCCAAGCUUGGUAGCUUGGGAAUUCCCCCUGCCAAGGAGAGAAAGUCAAGGUCACCUCGCCCAAGUAAGAUCCACUCCUUGGCUGAUUUAAAAUCUCCUGAGAAUGAAGGUGGGAGUGGGGGAGGAGGAGGUGGCAUGAAGAUGGCAGAUAACGCUGGUGGCUCCCUCCAGUCCACCAUCAGCACUGUGUCCACACUAUCCGAGGUCAGUGUGGUGUCAGAGUGCAGCACUUGUGAGACAGAGACACAGCUCAGUGUUUCACUCCAAGUCAGUGACAAUGUGUCAGAAAUUGAUGGCAGUGAAUCAGGAGCAAGGCCAGGGAAUGAUGGCAAUGAUAGUGACAGCUCCUCGUAUAGCAGCGUGUCCACCAGGGGAACCUAUGGCAUGCUCUCUACUGCAGUGGAAAGGCAACGGGGACCUUACACUGUGGAGGGGAAGGAAAUUGCCCCUGAGGCCAUGGGUCAGUUCCCCUCCCUACAGGAGGUGCUGCAGGCAGCCAGUGAGGAGCAGCACCUGCUGGAAAUGGAGCAGGAGACAGAAGGAACAGCAGAGCCUCGCAGCCGCAGGGACAGUUUCUCCAGCAGUGUUUCUCUGGAGAGUUCUGUGAUGGGACACGACGACAUGCUCCAGGUGCUGAAAGAGAAAAUGAGACUAGAGGGUCAGUUGGAAUCUUUGUCUUCUGAGGCCAGUCAGGCUCUCAAGGAGAAGACAGAGCUUCAGGCCCAGCUUGCUACAGUGAAUGCUCAGCUGCAGGCUCAAAAGGAGGACGCUCAAACCAGCCAGGAGAAGCAGAGUGCCCUCACUACGGAGGUUGGCACACUACGACAGAACUGCAGUCAGUUAGAGAAGGCCAUGGUGGAGCUCCAGGGCAGUCUGGAGAGCAAAAAUGCCAGCCUGACUUCUCUCAGCAAUGAUCUGAAGGUUUCUGAAGACCAAUACAACAGACUGAUGGUGAAGGUUGAGGAGUUGCAAAACAAUGUAACUUCAAGGGACAAUACUGUUCAAGAUUUACGCAAUCAGAUGGGUGGCCUGCAGAGUCAGCUUCAGCAGGUGCAGCUGGAGCGCAGCACCUUACAGAGCCGGCUUAAGACUUCCCAGGCAGAGAUUGACUCACUCCAGCAGGUCAGGCAGUGGUACCAGCAGCAGCUAGCACUGGCCCAGGAGGCAAGAGUACGACUGCAAAGUGAAAUGGCCAACAUGCAGGCCGGAAAGAUGACUCAGAUUGGUGUUGUGGAACAUCUGAAGCUGGAAAAUGUGACACUUUCUCAUCAACUUACAGAGACCCAACACCGCUCCAUCAAAGAAAAAGAGCGCAUUGCUGUGCAGCUGCAGAGCAUUGAGGCUGACAUGUUAACACAAGAGGCUGCUUAUAAGCAGAUCCAGGAUGCAAAAACUAUGGUGGAAGAUGAUCUACAGCACAAACUAGAGGAGUUUGAAGAGGAGAGAGAUCGACUAAUUAAACUAGCCAACACAGCCAGCACCCUGGAGAGGGAACUCGAGCAGGUGAAGUUUACCCUUUCCCAAAAGGAUGUGCAGCUGCAGUCACUUCAGAAAGAACAUCUGGAGCUGAUGCGGCAGCUGACGACCACUCAGGAGAAUCUUCAUACCAAAGAACAGUCCAUCAACCAGUUGGAGGCUCGGUACCUGGAACUUGAAGCCCAGCUGGCCGAACUGCAGACGGAGAACAGCACCAAGGAUGAUAACAUCCAGUACCUCCAGAAUGAGAAAAUUGUCCUGGAGGUUGCACUUCAGGCAGCCCGAGCUGAUAAGAGCCAACUUGACGAGGGUGCUGAGCGACUGGGAGAGGAUGUUUUAGUGGCCUCAGAGUUAUUGGAUCAGCUCAGACAGGAAGUCCAAAUCAAAGCCAGUCAGAUUGAAACCCUGCAACAAGAAAACAAUUCCCUGAAGAAACAAGCUCAGAAAUUAAAGGAACAGUUCCAGCAACAAAAAGUGAUGGUGGAAGCAUAUCGCCGGGAUGCCAUCUCCAAGGACCAGUUAAUCAGUGAGCUCAAGUCCACCAAAAAGCGUCUGUUGGUGGAGGUGAAAGACCUGAAGCAGGAGCUGCAAGGGGCUCAGGGUGAGAAGCAGAAGGCAGAGCUUGAGCAGGCUCGGUUGCAGAAGGAAGUGGCAAGAGUCCAGGAGCAAAUGAAUAACAUGGAAGCCCAUUUGCAAGCCAUUCAGACAGAAAGGGACCAGCUAGAAACCCAGAUUCAGUCUCUGCAGUUCGAUCAGAACCAGCUGGCGGCCGUGACUCAAGAGAAUGAGGGCCUGAGGAAGCAGGUGGAGCAAAUGGAAGGAGAAGCCAAGAAGGCGAUCUCAGAGCAGAAGGUGCGCAUGAAGAGGCUGGGAACAGACUUGACCAGUGCUCAGAAGGAGAUGAAAGCUAAACACAAGGCCUACGAAAAUGCUGUGGGCAUUUUGAGCAGAAGGCUCCAAGAGGCUCUGACUGACAAGGAGACAGCAGAAGCAGAGUUAGUCAAACUCAAGGCCCAGGUGUCAGAUGGAGGAAACAGCCAAGUCUUACAGGAGAAGAUUGAGGCUUUACAGGCUGAGCUGCAAGCCGUUACAAACAGCAAGACAAUGUUAGAAAAGGAGCUGCAAGAAGUGAUCACUCUCACUUCCACAGAGCUGGAGGAAUAUCAGGAGAAGGUUCUGGAGCUCGAGGAUGAGCUUCAAGAGUCUCGCUGCUUCAAGAAACGGAUCAGGAAGUUAGAAGAUGCCAACAAAAAGUUGGCACUUGAGUUGGAACACGAAAAAGGGAAACUGACUGGAUUAGCACAGUCCCAUAAUGCAUUGCGAGAACAUGCUAAUAUUUUGGAAUCUGCCUUGGCAAAAAGGGAGGCAGAUCUUGUUCAGCUCAACUUGCAGGUUCAAGCUGUUCUGAAGCGUAAAGAGGAGGAGGACCAACAAAUGAAACAGAUGGUGCAAACUUUACAGCUCGCUUUGGAGAAAGAAAAAAACAAAGUCAAGGACUUGAAAGAGCAGGUGGCAGCAGCAAAGGCAGAGGCAGCCCACAAUAGAAGGCACUACAGGGCAGCCAUGCUGGAGCUGUCAGAGAUCAAGAAGGACUUGCAGGCCAAAGAGGACCUUGUCAAAGCGCUGCAGAGUGAAGCUCAGAAACUACAAGCUCAGGAUGACCAGCACACUCAGGAUGUUUCCAGGUUUCAAGAGGAGCUUGCUGAAGCUAAUGCUCAGCUUCAGAUCCUCCAGAAGCAACUCGAUGAGGAGCUAGCUAAGCAGCCCCUCACCAACCAAGAGGUUGAAGACCUGAAAUGGGAGGUGGAGCAGAGGCAGAGGGAGAUUGAAGCUCAGAAGCAGCAGCUGGAGAUGAUGGAACAAUGCCACCACAGGGAGCUUGAUAAUUUACAGACAGCUCUGCAGAACAUCAAGGUGGAGCUGGAGUCUGUGCAGGAGGAGCUGACCAGCACCAGGAAGGACAAAUUUAUGCUACAAGCCAAAGUGGGUGAACUGAGAAACAGCAUGAAGACAGUCCUGCUGCAAAACCAGCAACUCAAACAAGAUCUCAAACAGAGUCGCCUUAAAAAGCAGCGCAUGGAGUUAAAGAGCGAUGGGAACCCAUCCAAUCCAAUGACGCCUGUUAAGAUCCCAGACUGUCCAGUGCCUGCCUCUCUGCUGGAUGAGUUAUUGAAACCGUCAACGUCUGUCAAUAAGGAACCUCUCAACAACCUGCACAACUGUCUGCGGCAGCUUAAGGAGGAGAUGGACAGCCUCCAGAAACAGAUGGAAGAACACACAGUAACAGUACAUGAGUCAAUGAGCUCAUGGGCAAACGCAGAGGAGGGACUGGCUCAACUGGGGCUUCAAAACAACAACUCCAGAUCGUCAACAGUGGUAAACAACAUGGUGGAAAACAAUAAUGAAGCAGACCAGCAGCAAUCAUAACAAUACAAAGGUUUUCUCAGGCUAAUAGAGGAAAACGUGGAGUUUUAUCCACAAAGGCACUUUUAAGCUCCUUAUUCCCUUUCUCUUAACAAUUGCUGCCAACAUUUGGCGUUUUUUUUUCCAUCAGCACGAAGGUGCUUUUGCAAAGUAAUACUUUAUAUAUCAUAGCUUUAUUAUUUCCUCUUUAUUUAGUAGUUGUUUAUAUUUUGGUGUUUUUUUGUCACAUUUAUUUAUAAAGAGCUCAGAAAUUGUUUUAUUUGGCAGCCUCCCCAGAGGACCAUCCUUUUCAGUUUUGCUUUCAUAGAUUCAAAUAUGGUGUAGAUAUGAAGGUUAAUCUGUUGAGCCAGUUUUACCCUAAUAAGGAUUUCUCCUUAUUAAACUGUCAUAAAUCCUCUUUCACAUAAUAAAUUAGUCACAUAAAUGUUGCUUACUGGCGAACAUUAUUUUGAAAAGUGUUUUCAAUAACAAAAACUACAAGCUGUUCUUCCAUUUAUCGUGCCUGUUUGUGAUGCCACUCAUCUGUGAUUUUACCAACAUGGUUAGACAUCCACAUGGUUUUUGAGGAGUUUGUAAUUAAACUGUAUCACUUUGUGUUAAAAUGCAGUGUUUCUUAUGUUAUCUGUAACCAUAUCACCUUGGGUUCUAAAUUGUAAUAACAUUAGUCUCAGUUAUGUUUGUUUAGCAUGAACUGCAGUAAUUUGUACACAAAAGCCUUAAGCAAUCUUUGAUAUGCUAUUAAGGACUAAGUCGGUUUGGAUGAGUGUUUUUUUUCUGCUAAGGGUAUGUGCAAGAUGUAAUAUGUUAUAUUGUAUAUGUGGGUGAAUCCUCUCUGAAAACAUUUAUUGUGAAAUGAAUCACAUCAGCUGACAUUGCACACUAGAUUAUCAAAAUCAACUGACAGAGAAAGCUGUAAUCUGAAACAAACAAACUAGUUCUAAUAACAGCAGGUGUGUUCACUUGUUAAUUUCCUGUUUGUUACAUUAGGUAUUUACUGUAUUUAACUCUCCCUCCCCAAAAAAAAAAACAAAACAAAACACAACAUCUUAUGUUGAACUCUGGUUCUGAGGUUAUGGGAUAAAUUGUUGUAUUCAGAGUUUAAUAUAUACAUGUCCAUUUUUGUAUGAUUGUAAAUUAAUCAAUUGUUUGUCGUGCAAAAAAGAUGGAAAUACAAGAUAUAAAAUUCCAACCAGAUCUGAUAAUUCUGCUACAGCUGCAACACGAUUUUAUUGCAAAGUGGACAUUGGAUGGUGCAGCAGCUUUCUGCAUGCAACUGUGCUGCAACUGCUCUGUUGCCACAUGAGAAAAGCCUGCCUUUCUUUUCUGCUAAAAGGGACAUUAAACGUUAUGGACAGUGUGUAUUCGGGACAAAUAAUUGCAAAUCAAUCAAUAUACUGUAUUUAACAAAAUUCUUUUCCAAUGUAUCUACUUGCAUCCCGUUGGAUUUUUUUUUAUAACUUCAUUCCCGGUUGAACAUUUGUGUUGGGAGAUGUGAUUGUAUUUAUCAUAAAGUUGCACUAUCCAUCUGCUUCUA